AUGGCGUCGCCCUCCAAGACCGAAACCUUCCCGCCGCUAUCGCCGUCAGCCAAUGCCGCAGUCCAGCAGGCCUCGAGCUACAUGGACGUCAGACGUCGACGAACGAGCUCCAAUCUCGGGGGCGACCCUCGAGGCGACACCGGCGGCAACUCGAUAGCGACGAGUCCGAUGAGCCAGCAGCUGCAGUCAUCGUCGUCCGGGCGGAAUGGAACCCAGAAGUCCAAGGGCGGCAAGCGGAAGAAGGCGAAAAGCCUCUUCAACAGGUGGAAGAGGAUGUCGCUGCGGCACACGUGGGUCAAUCCCUUGAUCCUCGUGCUGGUCCUGCUCGCGGCAUACUACAUCAACCCGGGCGAGCAGAAUCCGCUGCACCAUGCCAUCUUCCUCUCCUACGCGAACCCGCCUUUGAACGAGCGAACGAACACACUCCCGGCGCACAUUGGCAAUGUCACACAAUAUGGAAAAGGACCGAAGGACUUUGCUUUUGUGGGCUUCUACACGAUCGUCCUGACGUUCACGCGGGAGUUCAUCAUGCAGCGCAUCAUCAAGCCGAUCGCGCUCUGGUACGGGAUCAAGAAUAAGGGAAAACAGGCGAGGUUCAUGGAGCAGUUCUAUACGGCCAUCUACUUCGCCAUUUUCGGGCCUUUUGGGUUGUACGUGAUGAGCAGGACACCGGUCUGGUACUUCAACACGACUGGGAUGUACGAGGGGUUCCCGCACAGAGCGCAUGAGGACGUGUUCAAGGCGUACUACCUUUUGCAAGCUGCAUACUGGGCGCAGCAAGGCCUCGUCCUGAUGCUGCAGCUGGAGAAGCCGCGCAAAGAUUUCAAGGAGCUGGUCGUGCACCACAUUGUGACUUUGGCGCUGAUAGGACUGAGCUACCGCUUCCACUUCACGUACAUUGGUGUGGCCGUAUACAUCACGCACGACAUCUCGGACUUCUUCUUGGCUACCUCCAAAGUCCUCAACUACAUCGACUCCCCCAUCACCGGCCCCUACUUCGUCAUGUUCAUGUGCAUCUGGGCCUACCUCCGCCACUACAUCAACCUGCGCAUCAUCUACUCGAUGCUCCCCAACGGCGAGUUCCGCACCGUCGGCCCCUACGACCUCAACUGGGACACGCAACAAUACAAAUGCUGGCUCUCGCAAAGCAUCACAUCCGCCCUGCUAGUGAUCCUGCAGGCCGUGAACCUGUUCUGGUUCUUCCUGAUCGGACGCAUUCUUUGGCGCCUCUUGUCGACGGGGGAAGAGAAGGACGAGAGGAGCGAGGAUGAGGAGGAUGAGCCGGAGGUUGUGGAGCAGGUGGAGCCCGCUGCGAAGGUCAAUGGAUAUGGACAUGCUGGGAAGCCGCAGGUUAUGAUUAAUGGGGAGCCGAUGAGUCCGACGGUUGCGAGUGCGCAGAGUCAGGGUGGUGGUGGUGUGAGGAGGAGAUGA